CGUUUUUAUCUCAACGCAUUCGAAAACAGCUUGAAAGGGUUAGAAAUAUGCAGAUUUUCGUCUGUGUGAUAUUUUCAACUUUUUAUAGCUUUAAGUAGUAAACCUGUUGUUUAUAUUUGCCACUCGUGGUGGCACUAACGGUCACUGAAACCUUCUAAAGCGAUCGGUAUCGUCGGGAGACACUUUAUAGGACACCACGGAAGGGCGUUCAUUGAAUAUUUCUGGAUUGUUUAAGAAACCGUUCACAUUGGGACAUAAUGAAUCUUAAACAAGCUGGUUGGAUAGGCAUUCUGUUGAUGUGCAUGCAACUAUGUAAAGCAGUCAAUAUCACAUUAGAUGCUACAGUUGGAAUAUUUCUUCAAAAAGAACUUCUUGUCCAAGGAUUUACAUCAAGUCCUUCUGAUCCUGUGAAGUUUAUAGCUUCCACAUCCGGAUCUCCUGACCUCCCUACCUGGUUACGUUUUGAACAACGUGAAGCUUCAGACAGAGCGUUCAUUUAUGGCACUCCUGGGCGCGGUGUGCCCAGUCAAGUUGUUUUGGAGGUUACUGCAUGGAAUAAAACAGACUACACAACUAAAAGACAAGAUGUUGUCGUUAACAUUGAUACAUCACAAGACAUUCCACGUUACCAGGCAGAGUUUUUAGUAAAAAAUAGCAGUAUUGAUGAAUUCCUGGAGAGAAAGGAAAGUGUGAACUUUGUGGAAAAGGUGAAACAAAUUUGGCAGCCAGUCCCUGGUGGAGUGAAAGUAACAGCUGUGGAGUCAAAACUGGACAGAAAAGGAAGGGUACCAAUUCCACCACAGAAAGAGGGGGUCUUUAUCGCAGUUGGUGGUGCAUCAACCUAUGAAGUGCUCAAACAAGAAUACAGAGGCUGUGCUGGUUUACGGGAUUCAUCCAACAGCAAGUUCCCUCCCUUUGAUAUUGACUGGUGUGAAUUUAAGUUGAUGGAUGUGGUUGACAGUGCUGUUGUUGUCAGUAAUGCCACCACAACAGUAGUCAGUGGAGAAGGAUAUGGGGAAUCAACAUAUAUAGCACCAGUGUUUGACUCGUCUGCCAGGGACUUUGGUAGUGACUUUCUCCUUAUACUGAUCUUGCCGCUUGCCGUUGUUGUUAUCAUAGCAAUCAUUCUGGCCAUCAUCAUGUUUUGUUUCCGUGAAGGAAGGCCCAAGAGAGAUUCUGAAACUCCAAGACCACAGCUGUCUCAUCAUGACUCCAUUCUAAGAGCAACUUUUCGUCUGAGACAACUUUCCCAUCAAAAUGGUGAUGCUGUACCUGACAGUUCAGAUGGUGUUCCACAGCCUAAGGACACAUCCACACCUUACAAGCAAAAACCCCCUCCAAGCCAGCGUGAAUAUGAACCAGAACCAGAACCUCCCAUGGGGGCACCCCCUCCAUAUCGCCUCCCACCUCAGCCAGGUGUAAAUAUGUCUGCACCUAAUGGAAACAACCAAUAUUAUCCAGGCUCUGCUCAAGGUGACUGAAGCUGGCUUUGUGAAUGUAUCAAGGCAUCAGCGACCACCUCCAUUUAUGAACAGUGGGAAUGUACACUGACCAUAAAAACAUUUAUUGGAAAUAGGCCUUUGGUUAUCAGUGGCUUAAACUUUGCCAACCUUGUGCAUUAAUUUGUAUUUUUGUACCUUUUGUAAUAGUGGAAAGUUUGAGGUAUCAGAAAUUUUAGUAACAUUGGAAGAUUUAAAAAACACAAGGUGAAUCAAAUGGGUCAAUGGGAUGCACAGAAUGCAGAAAUGCAUGUGCACAGAGUAGUGUUAACCUUUACAUUUUAACAUCAGUAUGCAUAUUCUCCAUACUGUUUUCUAAACAUUUUCUGAGGUGCUGAGGAGAAUUUGUUUAACAA